AUGCCUGCAGAGCAGAGAUGGAAAGUUGUUGCUGUGGGUGUGGCCAAAGGUUAAAUUUUGAAAAUUGACAUGAGCUUAGUUGUUGUAUGCAGUAUGUUCCAGCAGAAUUAUUGACUAUACGCUUAGGUGAUUUAUGGCGGUGAGGUACAACCGUUUUUAUUUUCGCCUUCUUUUUUACUCUACUUGUAGGAGGUUCAAGGUAUUAAUGAAGUCCUGGAAAGGAUUAAGAAACUAGAAGAGUUUCAGAAGGCCUCUGUAGAUUCAACUUUGAGGGAGUUAAGGCUCUUGAUCAAGGCACCUGUGUUUAGUAAAGACCAGGCCUUAGAUUAUUUGCUUAACAUCAGGAUCGUAGCUAAAGAGUCAAACCACCCCAAAGCAGGCUUUUACGAGGCGGUUCUUAGAGCCAUGAGAGAGAAGUCCAGAGUACCGGAUGAUCAGUUUAAAAGAUACCUUGAAGUGCUUUUGGGCGAUAAAGACCACGAGAAAGUUCUGGAGAUGAUGUCGAAAGUGGAUAAGUCGAUAAGGUCUUCUGUUUCCAUGCCUGCUCGUUUUCCUUGGAGGGGUCGUGGUGGUCGCACGCCUCGUCAGGCUCAGUGUUUUCAUUGCCAUCAGUUUGGGCAUUACCAGAGUGCCUGCCCUAUGCGUCGCCCAGACCCUGGAGGGUUCUUCGAACCCCUACUAAGAAGGGGAGAUUCCUUUCUGGAAAUCCAGAUCAAUCGA